AUGCUGUGCUUCGUGUACGCCGGCCUGCUGGCUGCUGGCGUGGUUCAGCUGGCCCAUGCUGCCACCAACAAUACUAUCAACUCGCAGCUUCGUCUAGCUUAUGCGGGCGACACUGGCAUGUACGUCAGCUGGAACACGUUCGAGAAAUUGGCCCGUCCGACUGUUCAUUAUGGUCUGCUCCCAAACCAUUUGAAUAUGACCGCCUCGUCCAACGUUUCCGUCACUUACCCGACCUCUUUAACGUACAACAACCACGUGAAAAUCACGGGUCUCAAACCAGACACGCUCUACUACUACCUCCCAGAGCACCUGCUCCAUAUGAAUUCGCACUGUCCAUAUACUUUCAUCACUGGUCGACCGGCUGGAAAUCCAGCAGAAUUCUCUGUCGCAGUUGUCGUUGACUUGGGCACCAUGGGAAGCCAGGGGUUGACAACUUAUGCUGGAAAGGGUGUCUCCGAAAAUAACACCCUCUCCCCGGGCGAAAUCAACACGAUCCAGUCUCUGGAGAAAUUCAAGGGCGGCUAUGAUUUUGUCUGGCAUCCUGGUGACAUUGCCUAUGCGGACUACUGGUUAAAAGAGGAAAUUCAGGGUUUCUUACCCAACACCACCAUCGCCCAAGGAUUUCAUGUUUACGAGUCGAUCCUCAACGACUUUUACGACGAGUUUACCCCGAUUACUGCCUAUAAGCCCUACAUGGUUGGCCCCGGAAAUCACGAAGCUAACUGCGAUAAUGGCGGUUAUACCGACAAGUACCACAACAUAACGUAUGAUGUGAGCAUUUGUAUCCCUGGCCAGACAAACUUUACGGGCUAUCGCAACCACUUUCGGAUGCCGAGCGCAGAAUCUGGCGGCACAGGCAAUUUCUGGUACUCCUUCGACCACGGCAUGACCCACUUCGUCCAAGUCGAUACCGAGACUGACCUUGGCCACGGCUUUGUUGCUCCUGAUGAGCCUGGCGGGGUCGAGGGCGAAGACAGUGGGCCCUUCAACACCACGAUAGACGCACAAACCAAAUGGCUCGAGGCGGACCUUGCCAGUGUCAAUCGCACUGCGACCCCCUGGGUUAUCGUUGCCGGCCACCGUCCUUGGUAUCUGAGUAACGCCAACGACAGCGGCACCAUCUGCUGGACGUGUAAAGAUGUCUUCGAGCCCCUCUAUAUCAAAUACGGUGUCGACCUAGUUCUCUCAGGCCAUGCACAUGUUUAUGAGAGACAGAACCCGCUGGCAAAUGGUAUCAUGGACCCCGCCGGUCUGAACAAUCCCAAGGCACCCUGGUACAUUACCAAUGGUGCCGCGGGACACUAUGAUGGACUCGACAACCUCCAAUACCCCUUGAUGGAUUACUCUCGGUUCGGGCUCGACACGCUCAAUAAGACCUAUGGAUGGAGUAAACUCACGUUCCACAACUCCACGCACAUGACGCAUGAGUUCGUCGCAAGCAAGUCUGGUGAAGUGCUCGAUCUAGCUACACUGUAUAAAGCUAGGAAAUAA